AAUCACAAAACCUCGGACUGCUGCAAAACCAACAAUAAGUUUAGUUAAUACAGCUAUACUAAGCUGCUUUGGUCAAAAUGAUACCGAAAAAGAUGCCGGUAAAAGAUGCGCAUAUAGUUAAAAUAGCCGUUGAGCGCGAGAAUCAUAUGGCGCAGUUAAUAAACCUUGAUCAAAGACAUCCGCUUGCAAGUAAAAUCCAGGAAAUCUGCAACAUCUGGUCCAUAAGCGAUCAUCAGAACUAUGCCUUGCAGUUCUGCGAAACAAACAAUAUGAAAUAUGUGACCGAAAAGAAUCGCAAUGAGAUUAAAAACGGCUCCGUGCUGCGUCUACAGUAUUCACCCUCGAAGACGGCCAGCGAUGCGCUUGAAACACUGAUAAAUGGCAGCGCGCAGGACAAGGCACAACGUCUCAAGGAGUUGACUUCGCUUAGCAUGGAUCACACUUUUGCGCUGGAGUUUAUCAAGGAGAAGGGCCUGGACAUACUCAUCAAAAUGAUCGAGGAUGUCAAUCAAAAGGACGAAGAGAUACUUAAGUAUAGCCUGGCUAGCUUUGUGGAGUUAAUGGAGCACGGCACUGUGUCCUGGGAGGUGCCAGAGAGCAGCUUUGUGGCACGCAACAUUGAAAUUGUGCGCAAUUUCCAAAAGUAUCCCGCCAAGUGCGGCGAGAGUGCGCUCUCCAAUCUCGAAAAUAUUGUGCAGAGCAGCAGCAAAUAUGUUCUGGUGGCAGAGGAAAUUAAACUGCAGGAUAUACUGCGUCUGCUGCAGGAGGUCAACUCGCCGGUUAUGCGACAGAAUGCCAUUGCGCUGCUUAAUGCCCUCUUCAUGAAGGCCGAGGAGCCGCGCAAGCGCGCUAUUGCCCAUACGAUAAGCGCCAAGCAAUACCGCCUGGCCCUGAUUGGCAACGGGCUGAGCACCGAGAUGACCCACCAGCUGUACGUGCUGCAGACACUGACGCUGGGCUUGCUGGAGAAGCGCAUGCGCAUGAAAAUGAAUGCCCAGGAUCAGGAUGCGCACGAGAAGAUCAAGGAGCUGCGUCGCAUUGCCUUCGAUGAUUAUGCUGGCACGCUCAGUCUCAAUGAUGAGCACAUACGUCGCGGGGGCAGCGGCGGUGGCUCCGGCGCUGGCAAUGUCAACUUUUCGCAGUACUAUAAGAAACUGGGCUUUAAAUGCGACAUCAAUCCGGCACAGGACUUUAUUGAGACGCCACCGGGCAUUCUGGCGCUGGACUGCAUGGUCUACUUUGCUCGCAACUACACUCAGCAGUACACGAAGAUUGUGCACGAGAACUCAUGCCGCGCGGAUGAGCACGAGUGCCCUUUUGGCCGCACCUCAAUUGAGCUGGUAAAGGUGCUUUGCCUUAUUUUGCGCAUAGGCGAGCCGCCCGCCGAGCAAUCGGGCGACUUUCAGCCCAUGUUCUUCACGCACGAUCAGCCCUUCGAGGAGUUUUUUUGCAUUUGUGUCAUUACGCUGAAUCGCACCUGGAAGGAUAUGCGCGCAACCGCCGAGGACUUUCAGAAGGUGUGCAGUGUGGUGCGCGAGCAAAUACAGCGCACUCUGAAACUGCGUCCAGAAAACCUGGAGGACUUUCGCAGCAAGAUUGCAUUGCUAACAUAUCAGCAGAUCACGACAUUGCGCCAACAGGAGCGCACCUCAAAGGAGGAAUGCGAUUCGACGGCCUCGGCCAUUGUGAAGCUUAAAGAGAAAAUAUCACCACAAAUUGUGGAGCUAAUCAAGCAGCAGCGUCUCUCAUUUCUGGUGGAGGGCACUCGUUUCGCCAAGUAUUUGCGCGGCACACGCACCAAGGACAAGUUCUGGUAUGCACGUCUGUCGCCCAAUCACAAGGUCAUACACUAUGGGGACUGCGAUGAGAAGAACAUACCCACGCUGGAAGAGCUGCCCAAAAAGUUGCCCAUCAUUGACAUCAAACAGCUGCUGGAGGGCAAAGAGUGCCCGCACAUGAAAGAGGCGCGCACGCGCAAAUCGCCGGUUAAUUUUGCAUUUUCCAUAACAUUCGAGUGCAUGGAUCACUCCACGCUGGACUUUGUGGCGCCAGAUGAGAGCAUCUUCAACUAUUGGACAGACGGCAUCAAUGCGCUGCUCGGCCAGGAGAUGUGCAGCAAGCAGAAGAAAGAAGACUUUGACACGCUGCUCUCCAUGGAGAUCAAAUUGCGUUUACUCGAUACCGAGGGCGUGGACAUUAGCAAGGAUCCGCCGCCCAUACCCGAAGAUCCCGAAAACUAUGACUUUUGUUUCGAAAGUUAAAGAUACUCAGUAUUCGUUUUUAUCUUUUCUUUUAUUUUAUUGCAAUAAUCGUUCGUUCCAAAUUCUUGAAGCAUACCCCAAAAUACAUGCCAAAGUGUACCCAUUACAUAGAGAAGAACAUUUCUCUCCGAUCUGAUUUAGUAUUAAACUGUGCAAUGUCUAAACGAAUGAACAAAUGGAGCGGUCAAAAGUGCCGCUUAGCCAUUUCGUAAACAUUUACAUACAUUUUUUAAAGUUAAUUAUAUUAAGUAUAUAAUAUUAUUAGAUAUUCAUUAAAUACAA